CUUGACGGAGUGUUCUAUAUUACGACUACGUUUCACUCUUUGGUAAACAAUAUGGCUGCGCCCAUACGAUAACAUAGAAGUUUUGAGAGGUGUCAUUGACUUAUAAUCUUCUGGGUUUUUUUUCAUAUUGGUUAAAAACAUGGCCUCAUCCUUAUUUCUCGGAAGACUUCAUCAAUCCCACUUAUUUGGCUUUCGCAACAUCAUCAACCAAUCUGUAAGAGUUUUGUUUCAAAGAAGAUGUAUAUCUUCACAAAGAUUGAUGAAAAAUCUACCAAGCCAAUCAAACUCCACACCAAAAUGUGCACUAGUAUUGUCCAAGAAUAUCUUGCGAAAAUUACCUCCGGUGGAUCUCUUGUGUGUCAGAACUUUGAUGUGUUCAAGGUCUGAUGUAUUUAGGAAGGGUCUGCAUUUGAGAGUUCCACCAAGUUUUGUCCGUCAAAUCAGCCAGGGGAGAGAUCCUGAAGAACGACUCAACCUUAGAUCUACAUUGAUUUACAUUUGUGCUGUUGGUAUCUUCAUGCUGGGGAUGAGUUAUGCUGGUGUACCUCUAUACAGGAUGUUUUGUCAGGCAACAGGUCUUGGAGGUCAGGCGGUGCAAGGUCAUGACACAAGCAAGGUCGAAUCCAUGACGCCUGUAAAGGAGCGGAUAAUCAGAGUACGUUUCAAUGCAGAUGUGGCCUCUAGCAUGAGAUGGAACUUCAAACCACAGCAGACAGAGGUCAAGGUUGCUCCAGGUGAAACAGCUUUGGCCUUCUACACAGCAAAGAAUCCCACAGAAAAGCCAAUCAUAGGGAUAUCAACCUACAAUGUGGUACCAUUUGAAGCUGGGCAAUAUUUUAAUAAGAUUCAGUGUUUCUGCUUUGAAGAACAAAGACUUAACCCCCAUGAACAGGUGGACAUGCCAGUGUUUUUCUACAUCGAUCCUGAGUAUGCUGAAGAUGCCAAAUUGGAGACGAUAGACACCAUCACAUUAUCCUACACCUUCUUCGAGGCCAAGGAGGGACUGCAGCUUCCCCUGCCAGGCUAUGCCACAUCAUAGGGUGGGUGCUGUCCCUCAUUUCAAAGAUGAAGUUUUACAUGACAUGAAUGAGGGUGUCAGAGACUCUUCAACUCUUAAGUAAGGUCCCAGGUUAUUUCCAGCCAACCAUCAGUAAUCUUAAUUUGACAAACUGCCAUGUAACAUGUACACACAAAUGUUUCCUGGGAUAAAUCACCAUUUGGCAAUAAUCAUGAUAAUAAGUAUAAACAUUCAUGUUAAUGUCAGAUAGGACAAUCUGAGAUACAUGAAGAUCAGUCACAGUUCUAUAGAACACAGAUUGUUGAAGUAGAGAUGACCAGAGGAUGUGUUAGAUGAUGCCAGUUUUUUGGAAGGUAUCUUUUUGUACAUACUGGAUAUAAGACAAAUAAACUGCAUGUUUGUUUAUUGUGAUGUGAGAGUAAGGUCAAUAUUGGGAGAAAUAAAAGUACUGUAUAGCUGCA